CUGGUUACUGGCUAUGUGCCUUCUGGAAGCAUGCUUUAUUGGCAUAGGCAUCUGAAGUAAUGAGACGUACAAACAAGACCCAAGAACGAGAACCAUCAUGAGCCAUGAGUGGAAGGCAUCAACGUCCCUAAGAUGGAAAUUAAUUGGCACUGGGCAUCAAGCAGCACCGGAUGCCUCGGCACCUCGCAGAGGAAAGGCAGGAGGUCCAAGGAGCAGAGAUCGCGGCUCCCCUUUGGGGGAGCGAAGCCAAGAAGUCGCUGUAGUGCAGCAAUCGGAUAAGGCUGAACCCGAGAAAGACUGCAAGCGACGGACCGCGGGGAAGGCACACAGCCCCGCGGCUCCGAGGAAGGGUGUGCAGUGUGCAGAGACUGGACGGGCCCUCGAAAUGGCGUGCGUGGGGGAUGCGGCUGUGGGUAAGGGGCCACACAGGACUCCCCGGGUCCCCUCCCUGCAGCACGGCAACAGAAGGUGUAAGGGGGAGGGUGAAAAGCCAGAAUGACUCAUUCCCGAAAGGAAGUGCUCAAGCCAUAGGAAGACAAGCCACGGGGGACUUCGGGGCGAGGGCUGUGAGGGGCGAGGUGCUCCGGGGCACGGGGGCAAGACCCAACGUCGCCGACUUCCUGCCGCUCGCGUUUCAGACCAGGGUGUGGGGGUUCGCGGCAGCCGAGUGCCAAGGCCUGGGAAGCGGCGCGGCGCGUGCGCAGUGGCGUUCGGCGGGACCCGCUGAGGCAGAGCGGAGCCGCAGUGACAGAAGCAAGCGGAGCGGCCGCCGGGAGGGACUCACCGAGGCGCAGGGGCUGGAGGUGGUGCUGGGGCAAAAACUGGACCAGGUUGAAACCAGGAAACAGGAACUUAAUCCAAGUCUUCCGUGUGGAUGACAGGGAUCCAACUACUUGGCUAUCAGCAUCAACAGGAAGCUGGAAUCAGGAGCAGAGCUGGGACUGGAACCCAGCACUCUGAUAUGAGAUGCAGGUCAAGUUUUCCAUAUCGUUUUGUGAUAUCUCUUAGCAAUCCAGAUGAGUGAGUCAACAUCCCAAGAGGAACCCAGACCUGCUCAGAAAAAUGAAAAAGAAGGUAAAGAAAGGCAUCAGGACUCAACUGAAAUGAAAGAGUCUAUUGAGAGUUCACAGAAUGUAGCAGAUGUUUCUGUAACAGAGGCCAGCAACAAUGUGGGAGAAGAAGCAACAGAUGAAAUCAAACCCCAAGAAUUAACCCCUGAGGAGCAGCCAACAACUUCAGUUGAUUCAAUAAAGGACCCUCAUACUAGAGUCUCAGGGAAUAUUGCAGUCAGAAAGCCUGCAAAAGUGAUUUUGGGUUUAGAUGAAAGUGAACAGACAUCACAGCUAGAACAACCAUGGAAGAAAAAUCUGUUUGAAAGAGUGGAAGCAAGAGCCCAGGCAAUGCAGCAGAAAAUAAUAGAUAAGGAUAAUCUGAAGAAGGAACUAGAGAAAAAGGCUGAAAAAAUACUCCCUAAAGAUAAUUUGGCCAAAGAGUGGUUUAACACUGAGAGCUUGACACUGAAUACUCGUGUAUAUUUGCUUGACAAACUUCUACCCACCUUAGUUCCUGCUGUGGAACAAAUGUUAACACAAAUGGAAAAGAAAAAGCUUCAAACAGAAGCUGACAUUCCAACCAAGUUUGAUCCAAUCAAUCAUUUGGGGGAAUAUUUAAUGAGAAACAAUCCUCAUUAUAUCAAAGAUCAAGGAAUGUCUGGUUACCAGAGGGUGAUGAGAGAUGUCACUGAAGACCUGAAGAUACAUGUUCCUGACACUGUCUGCAACAGAGUGUCCAAGAUGAAGGAGAAAGUGAAGCAGAAACGAGAACAAAGAGAAAGCGUAAGCAAAGUCAAAGUCAAGGUGGCCAACAUGCGCAAACAGGCUCUGCAGGAGCAGUUCAAUGAAUGGAUUCUAGACCCCAAAGGAAUGAUUCCCCUAGUUGUGGUUCAAAAUGUUCUUCAUGAAUUUCUUCAAAAACCAGAAGUUCAGCUUGAAUCAUAUUGCCAACAGUUGGAUAUUACUGGCUCAAUGGAACCCGGAUUGAACAAAAUGGAAUUUACAGAAUACAUCUCUUCGCACAUUGCAGACUUUAAAAGUGAAACGUUUGAGGAACUCCUGAAGCACCUUUGUCACUGUGCAGAUGAAUUCAGGGAGGUCAUAAAAGCUGACAUGCGGAGGCAGAUAUUUGCUGAACUCUUCCUGUACUGUGACCGAGGGAAGGUAGGGAUUUUGGAUCGUCAGAGGACACUGGCCUUGCUGGAAAUGUUCUAUGACCAAAGUCCACAGAUGCUUAGGAGUUUACUUCGAAACCCAAGACAAUGGCCAUUCGUUGAAUUUGAAGAGAUAGUCCUGCCUGAGUUCUGGGGAGACAUGGAUAAUCAGAAGCACAUUUAUGAAGACUUUGACAAAGUGCUCUUAGAGAUGAAUACAUUACUUUCUGAAAAAAAUGACAGCAAAAACCAAAGCAAAUUGUUAGAAAAUUCAGAAGAGCAACAGAAACGCAAUGAACAGAGAAAAUCAACACCAUCACUCAACACACCAGAACAGCAGAAAGUGACAACUGCAGAACAAGGAUCACACAGAAUUUCAACUGAAGAACAAGGCAGAAGGCCAACUGCAGAACAAGAACUACAUAGAGAAUCAGUAACAGAAGAAGGAGCCUACACGGAGUCAACUCCAGAUCGAAGAUCAAUUAGAGAGUUAGUACCAGAACAAGAACCAUACAAAGGAUCAACAGCAGGACAAGAACCAGGCAGACUAUCAGCCUCAGAACAAGGAUCACACAGAGGGUCUGUAGUAGAGCAAGGACCACGCAAAGUGUCAGUUGCAGAACCAGCGACCCGCAGAGAGUCAACUAUAGAACCAGGAGCACGUAGGGUGUCAGCUGCAGAAUCAGGGUCCCGCAGAGGGUCAGCUAUCGAACCAGGAGCACGUAGAGCAUCUGCUGCAGAACCAGGGUCCCGCAGAGGGUCAACUAUCGAACCAGGAGGUCGUAGAGCGUCCGUUGCAGAACCAGGGUCCCGCAGAGGGUCAACUAUCGAACCAGGAGCUCGUAGAGCGUCCGCUGCAGAACCAGGGUCCCAGAGAGAGUCAGUAUCAGGACAAUUUCAGCACAAAGGAUCAGAAGGGGGACAAGGAUCGCAAAGAGUAUCACUUUCGGAAUCCAGAUCACACAGAGAGUCCAUAGUAGAAGAACAACACAAGGAGUCAGAACAAAGACCCCAAAGACAGACAACUCCAGAAGAACAACAGGACAUAGAUUCAACUUCACAAUCAAGAGAAGAAAGUAACAUAAAAGAAAGUACAAAAUCUAGGGCGGCUAUUCCUUCUGGAUACACUGAAAUCCCCUCACAGGAAAAGAGUUCUUCGGAGCAAGCAUAUGAAGAGGAACCACUUGUGAGGUCUGAAUUGCAAGGGGAAGUUCCAACAUCAAGUAAAAAAGAUCAUAUUUCAGGAGCUACAAAAAAGGAAGCACAGAAAGACAAAUCCUGUGAACCUAAAUCCCAAAAAAUGGAAGGAAAGUCAUGGUCAGGUGAAUUUUUGACUUGUAACUGGCGAAUGAAGUAUGUCAAAUUUGAAGAUGAGGAACAGGCAAACCUAAUCUAUGGCAACUCUAGGUUCACAGACUUACACUCAAUUAUAAGAAAUAUUCAGUCUUACAAGGAAGUAAAAGGCAGGAGUGCCUUCAGUGGAGUUUCCUUCAACCUGCUCCAAUUUGUGCAACUCCUGGAGACGUUUGUUGGUGAAGAUACCUCCUUGAGUGUCAGCGAGACCCUGGCCACAUUUUUUAAGCGGGGCUAUGUUGAGAGAAAAGAAGAGAAAAUGAGUGCCUUAGAACAGGUAAAACAAAAUGCUUUCCGAGUCCGACGGGGGCUUCUCCUAGAAGCCCUCUUUCAGAAAUGGGACAGUGACAGCUCAGGCUUCCUAGAUGUUAAGGAAGUUGAUGAACUCCUGUACACAUACAAGCAGGGAAUGGAAAAAGAAUCUAUGAAGAAAGCUAAAUUACACAUCCAGUUUCCAAAACCACACCCUGGUCAUGAAGUGAGGUUAUCUUCAAAACAAUUUCAGAAAUACAUAGAAUUGGUUGUAUCUGAACUCAGGGGCAAUGAAGAUCAAGUUCUGGAAAGCGUUGUGGAAUUUCUAAUGAAUACUUUAGAGAGGAGUCACAUUGAGAGUCUGAGGAACUGCGCCAGACGGAAGUGGCUGCACCAAAUCCAGCAUGCUGCAGAGACAAGUGGAGUGUCCCUGGAGCCAGUCUACACUGAGACCUUUAAAGCCCUCACCCAGGACGCUGAAGCCCAUGGAAAUAAGAAGAUCAGUGCACACAUCUCCCUCUUAGAAGAAAAUGUACUUCUGCCACACAGAGGGAGUGUUACACUGAGAAACGUGGCUUGCACCUUAGAUGAUGCUCCAUUUGUUCUGAACAAAGUGCUCUACCGGGACAUGAAGGGAAUCAGUCUCAUAGUCCUUCUCCUCAGCUUUACAGUAGUGGAUGAAGGGAAGCCAAUCCACGUCCCUCAAGUUCAGUACCACGGGAACAUCUUCUUCUGGAACCAUUCCCGCAAUAAGGAGGAUUAUAGUGGAUCAUUCCUGGCUUUGCCUCUUCAGGAUGCAUAUAUGAGGAUCUUUGGGGUCUUGGCUGUUGACACACUUAGAGAUCCCCAUGAAAUAAACAUCUUCCUGCCUCAUGAGAUCAGAUUCUAUCAGGGUGUUGCCAAUGUCUUUAGCGCUGCCUAUCACUACAUCCACAGCCGGGAGCACAUCCUGCAUAUAGUGAUCACUGGCAUCGGCUGGCUCUACAGCAUCACGUCCGGAAUCACCUCCAUCACCACGCUCUUUGUGGAGCCUAGCCCAAACCAGGAUUCAGACUAUGUUUUACGCAGUAUGAUGGUUACAAGGCAGCUGGGUCUAACGGAAAUCCACACAAAUUCCCCUACCAUCUCCAGGAAGUCAUGCAUCUUCAGAGAUUUCCUCUUUAAGUGCACAGACAGUUCACAAGUUGUUUUGGCCUCUGUCUGUGGAGAAACCCACAUAGUAGUUCCACUCCGUGAGAGAACGGGAGAGGCUCUGGGAGUCCUCGAUUUUAACAUUGGCCGGACUAGGAUGUUAUUAUAUCAGGAGUACAAAGAUCUACAGAAAAUGAUGAAGGUGAUCCAAGCUGCCUGCUAUGAAACACUGGACGAAUUAUCUGGAGAGAGAAAAAGAAAAUGUGUCUUAGAGAUUGAAGACGUGGGAGAAGUCCAGCGGGCAGGAAUCAUCUUCUUCCGGAUCAUGCUUCAGGAGCUGCAGGAGUGCCUGCAACUACUUGAUUCCAUGAGCUUUGUGUCUCUGUUGCUCUAUGACCAUAGUACUAUAGUACAGACAGAACCCCUUCCAGACAGCAAGACCCGGGAACUGGCAGCCAACAUAAACCUAGUGCAAGAUAUCCUAAAAGGGGUUAUCUUGUUCUUCCAUCCAGAGUUGGAAUUUUCAAGUGACUUUCAAAACUGGGAUAAGUGUAAGCUUUAUGUUAACAGAUAUUUAGUCAGGAACAUUUGUGCCUUUGAUCCAACUGCUAGUGAUUUGGAAAUCAAUUUACAGCUCAUUGGUGACUGUAUCAGAGACCAUUCCCGAGCCGAAGUGUGGAGCUUUGGUGAUAUUGUCAUUGAGCUCCUGUACCACUGGGUGCACGUCUGUUUGGCUCUCAUAGACUUAAAAAACAAAAAGCGGACUAGUGCAAUUACACCUCCGUUGCCCUCCAAAACAAACUAUGUGUGUGCAAAAAUGCCAGGGGCAUCUUUGCCAGGAAAAUGCUAAUGGAAUCGGUACUGUACUGAGGAUCCUUUGGUCAAGUUCAGUUUUGUUAACUAUAAAAUAUUUUCAGCCAGGAAGGAGUGCCCCGUCGACACGUUCUGUUCCUUCAUGCUUACUUCAGCACGCUCUAGAAUCAAGUGUGCUCACUGAAGGAGAAAUUUUAUCUAAAAAAAAAAAAAUCCAGUUAGGGUCCAAAUGAGGAUUUAGAAAAAAAUUCAGUUGCAACUUUUACAUCAAAAGAG